AUGCCUCCGCGCGCUCUGAUCGCGCCGCAGGAGAUUGAGAGCAGCUCCGUGCAGCUGAAGCUGCUGGCCGAGGCGAUGGCGAAAGAGAGCAAGAUGGAAAGGGUGGCGGAGCUAGAGGCAAUGACUCGCAAGGUGGUGGAGACGGCCCAUGAGAUGUCUUUGCAUCAGCAGGCUCUGGAGGCAGUGCGGGGCAGCUAUCAAUACACUGGAACACCCACCAACUUCGAGGAGCUCUUGCAGCAGCAGGUGGCGCAGCUAGGGGCGGCUCAGCCAUGCCCGGAGGACCACCACAUUCUGGUGGCGUUCCGGCAAACCAUUCGGGUGGGUUGUGAACGGUUCAGGGGAAUGUGGGUGUUGAAUAGAGAGGGGAAAUGA